AUGGCUUUGUGUGCAGAAACUUACAAUCCUGAUGAGGAAGAGGAUGAUGCCGAAUCUCGGAUUAUUCACCCUAAAACAGAUGAUCAAAGAAACAGGCUGCAGGAGGCUUGCAAGGACAUUCUGCUUUUUAAGAACCUGGAUCCGGAACAGAUGUCUCAGGUGUUGGAUGCAAUGUUUGAAAAGCUGGUUGAAGGAGGGGAACAUGUCAUUGACCAAGGGGAUGAUGGUGACAACUUCUAUGUCAUUGAUAGAGGUACAUAUGAUAUUUAUGUAAAAUGUGAUGGUGUUGGGAGAUGUGUUGGAACCUAUGAUAACCGAGGAAGUUUUGGUGAGUUGGCCUUAAUGUACAAUACACCCAGAGCAGCUACAAUUAUAGCUACCUCUCCUGGUGCCAUCUGGGGUUUGGACAGGGUAACUUUCCGAAGAAUCAUUGUAAAAAAUAAUGCCAAAAAGAGAAGAAUGUAUGAAAAUUUUAUUGAGUCAUUGCCAUUCCUUAAAUCUUUAGAAGUAUCUGAGCGUUUAAAAGUGGUUGAUGUAAUUGGCACCAAAGUGUACAAAGAUGGGGAACAAAUCAUUGCUCAGGGUGACUUGGCUGAUUCUUUCUUCAUUGUGGAGUCUGGAGAAGUAAGGAUUAUAAUGACAAGAAAGGGUAAGCAAGAUGUAGAAGAGAAUGGAGCAGUUGAAAUUGCUCGAUGCUCAAGAGGACAGUAUUUUGGAGAACUUGCUCUUGUAACUAACAAACCACGAGCUGCUUCUGCUUUUGCCCUUGGCACUGUCAAAUGUUUAGUUAUGGAUGUGCAGGCAUUUGAAAGGCUUUUGGGACCUUGUAUGGAAAUUCUGAAAAGAAACAUUGCAAACUAUGAAGAACAGCUAGUUGCUCUGUUUGGAACAAACAUGGACAUUGCUGAUACCAGUGCAUGAACUAAACAUUGGAGCAACAAGAUCUGUUACGAGAAUAUAGCACAGUAGUGGUUAGUCCACUGAGAAAUUGUCUCUCUUCCUAUAGAUGCCAAGCAUUUUCUGUAAUUUUUAGAGUGGGUUUGGGGUCUUUUUUGG